AUGCUUGACCGUUCAACAGCUAACCAACAACCAUCAUCAACUCUGGGAGGUUCAAUGGAAACCAAAAGAUCUCUGACACGAGAACAAUCCAUCGAGUUCAACGGCAUUGAUAUUCUACGAAUACCUCUCUGCUCGAUAAAAACAUUCUAUCAUGACCCUACGAGUAGUAGCAUCACAACCCAACAACACUAUUCAUCGAAGAAUACAUGCAAUAACACAACUACGACGAAUACCACUGAAGAAACGAAUGAACGAACACAACAACAACCACACGAACCAUACAAACAACAAGAACAACAACAACCAUUCGCACCAAGGAUGACAGAAACAACAACAACACCUACGUUGGAGAUCCCUCGAACUUGUCCAACGACGGUUAUGGACCCAGCUCAAGCGAACCGUUGUUUCAACCAAAUACAAAAUUUUUCAUUCUCCAUGCAACCACAACUUUACUCUGUGAAUACACCCGUUGCAACCGAUGAGGAACAAUGCUUGGAUCACCAACCCAUUCUCCACUCCAAUGCAUCCGUUUCUACAACAACAACAACCACUUUUUCAAUUCCUUCUCUCUUUCGAUCACAAAUUUUCGCAUCCAAUCAAUGCAGACGAGUGGCAACCGUAGGUCUCUUUCUCUUUCACAUCCUUCUGCAGAUGGUAUUGAAUUUGCUGUGUGCAGGACAAGCCUUUUUAUUUGAGAAUUUUUCACUCGUGGCUGUGCUUGUCUAUGUACCAAAGAUUGUUAUUGGAACCAUGAUUGUGAUUGCCAUCCAGAGAAAGCAAGUAAGAUUACUCCACUUCUUGUUGGGUGCCUUGCUGUUGGAUUUGAUUUAUGUUUCCAUGUUUUUGGUGAUUGUCUACUCGGGGACUUUGCAAUUGGGAGGACAAGGAAAGAGAUUUUCAGAAACUUUUGAAAUGCAAGAUCAUUAUGAGCCUCGUCAUUUACAAGCUGCACCAUUCUCGCUUAUUGCACCUCUCAAUUUAUUCCAUGAAAGGACGGGAGUGUUUUUGGAAGAGGUGAAACCAAAGCCACCUCCUCAAAACAAUAACCCUCCCAAGAAACAACAAUCUGAAACGAAAAGCUUUAGAAUGGAAUAUUGUAUUUCCAUUCAAUUUGUAGAGCUUGCAGUUAUAUUCUUGACAUUGUUUUGGACCUACAGUCUGGGCUCAUCUUCGUAG